CUUUUAUUUUGAAGGACUGCUCAACCGGAACUGAUGUCACUUUUUCACCGGGCUUCGCACGUUUGGGCUACUAGCGAAUUGAAUAGUUUAUUCAUCAUUUAUUUAUUUUUUUUGUACUUGCCAAAAUGCAGAUAUGUAGUGUGUGCAACGAACAUACACCGAAGUACAGAUGUCCAGUCUGCAAAACAAGAUACUGUUCCCUUGGCUGUUACAAGAGGCAUAAAGACACUUGUCUUCCUAUUGAGCAGCCCGCACCCACUGAACCUGAAACUAAAGAAACCUUCAAUACUGAACCUUGGACGGUUGAGGAUCUUCUGCAUGAAGAUGACAUCAUUGACAAAGUACCUCUACAGAGACUUCAGCUGUUAGGUCAGUCAAAGGAGCUGAGAGAUCUUCUUUGCAACCCCCACCUGAGACAGUUAUUACACACUGUUGACGGUGCAGACAGCAAAUGUGAUGCGAUGAAGGCUGCCAUGCAGGAGCCUCUCUUUGUCGAAUUCUCAGAUCAGUGUUUGAAAAUUGUAGAAAAUGAAGCAAACUCAGUAAAUUCCAACGAAGAUGGUGAUUUGUAAACUAGUUUUCUAUAUUAUUAAUCUUUGAUCAGAUUUUUUUGUGGGACAGACAAUAAGUAUUUUAAAUGUCAAAUGCAAUAAGCCACAUGUUACUGUAAUCCUUUGUGCUGUUCCUGUCCUGUGUAUGUAUAUAGUGUACAAAUAAAUGUUUUCAAACUAU